GGAGUGACUCGUUCGAUGUCGGGAAAACGUCCACGAGCCUUGGACGACACGACCACCUCGGACACGUUGGAGUUCAAAUGGCGCCGCAUGGCCGUGGGGGAAGCAGAGAUUCGCCUGAUGAGUCGAAAACCGAACGCGGAUCGCGUCGUAGUACACACCCCAGUUACGCUCCACGGUGGUCUCCAUGUCGAAGUUGACCCACCACCAGGGAUCGUGUUCCACUCGUUCGACGAGCUCACCGACGCGUUGGGGGCCUACUUUGAAGCAACUCAGCAGGAAUUCUCAAUUCGCAACUCGAUCACCGUGGAGCACGCCAACGAGACGGCCGCUCGAAGCGUCCGGUUCCCAGAGAACGACGUCCGGUUCAAGUACUCGUCCAUGACUUAUGUGUGCAAGCACGGUCGCACGCAGAAGCGACGAAACAACCCAGACCUUAUGAAGACGAAGAAGGUUAAAUUUGCAUAUUCUGGGUGCCAGGCUUGUUUGUGGAUCAAUCUCGUGCUGCUCGGUCCCCCGGGCGCCCGGCGGUGGGUGUACCAUGUCCACAAGAUGGUAAACGUCCACAACCACGAACUGAGCGUCGAGAAUUCCGUGGCAUCGCUGCGGCCCUUCCGUGCCUACCUCGAUUUGAUCUACGACAUGAAGCACGCGGGGGCGUCUCCCCAAGAUAUGCUCACCAUGCUCGCGGCCCGUGAACCAACCAAGAAGAUCACGAUUCAAACCGUACGUAAUAUUCUGCGCAACUAUGCGGUGGAACUGGCCGCCCCGACCCCGCCACCCCGCUUGCGACCGCAUCACGUCCCCCGCUUGAUGCAUUCGUCGUUGGCAUCCGCGCACACAACGCCCGCCACCGCCGCCUUUCAUCAACUCUUCUCGUCGCUUGUCAAAGCUUCUAUUCAACAGACACAUGUGCCAGGGGUUCCUCCGUCCUCGCGCUUCUACUACCUCAACCUGUGCGCAGUCCAGUCGGUGCUCCACCGGUCGUGGCAGAUUGUUCACGAUCAAGACCACGAGGCAAUCACCACAGCCCCUUCUAGCCUCCCGCCCGAGUCGGCGGAGAAAACUUUCCACUCGAGCAUUCUUACCGCCGUGGCCGCGGAUGGAAUGUCUUCGAUGGCGCCGUUUUGUGUGUUUCCAAGGCAAGCGACGGCCAAUGGAUGGUUGCAUCACGUUGCGCCCAACGUUGUGCUCACAGAUCAUGGCUUGGUCACCCCCGACGCCAUGGAGUGCGCUCUUUUGUUCUUCCAAGCGAAUUUGCCGCCAAAACUGCCACGUCCAGUUGUGUUUGUGGUCGAUCACGCGUCGACAUCUCCAGCUCUUGUUCAGCUCUGCACUCGCCACAAGAUCGUGCUCGUGUCGUGGAAGGACUUGUACGUAGGCGAUAAGGACAUUGUCCUCCCGCUUCGACGGAGUUUGUUGGCCCCGUUUGAGUCUCAGCUGUGCCGCCAACUCGCCGUCGUUUUGCCCCACCUCGCCACGACUGCCGCCAUUGUCGCUGACUUGCCGGCCAUCGUUGCACAUGUGUUCCAAACGAGUAUGGCGAACGUCGGUGCGGCAACCAUCGUCGAUGCCUUCCGACAGAGUGGGCUACACCCGCCAAACUUGCCUCUCUUGGCAGGACCACCGCAGUCGCACCACCACUCGCUUUCGAAGGUGUCCGUGGUGGUGCAAGAGCAUCGGACGGCCACCAUAUCGGUGCAAUCGAAUUCGAUGCCUCGAUUUGCCGUGGAACGGCGAAUGUAGCAAUGAAUCCCACCAUGGUGAUGUGUGUUUUUGCUGGGAAAUCCCAUGUCUCGAUGGACUUUUCUCAAGUGUAUGCGCGCGUCAAAGAGCAACGAGUACAAAGUGCGAAUUGAACGCUACAACGACCCCGCAGUGGCUGCUUGUUG